CAAUCUGCUCCCAAUCUCAAACCUUUUCCUUCAGCCGGAGAGCCUCCGUCGCUGGCGGACGAUGACAAAGAUCCACCCGAACACUUCUGUCCGGUCGACUGAGUCGGCGUUGCUCCCUACCUCUUGCUACAACGGCGGUAGCGUAGUGCUGACGGUGUGGCGUAAGUCGCUCGUGUUCAGCUGCAGCGGGUUCACGGUCUUUGACGCAAACGGCGACUUGGUCUUCCGAGUCGACAGUUACGGCUCGGGGAGUCCCGGCGAACUCGUACUCAUGGACGCAGCCGGCAAGCCUCUACUCACCAUCCGGCGAAAGAAGCUUAGCCUGAGCCUCGCCGACACGUGGCGGAUAUACGACGGGGAGGACGCCGGCAGCCCGCUGCUGGACGUCAAGCGGCACGUGAGCCUGCGGCAGUCCAAGGUGCUCGCGCACGUGACUGCGGCCCCCGGUAGCGUGGGCGGGUACGUGGUGGAGGGGUCGUAUGGGAGGCGGAGCUGCAGCAUCUACGACGAGCUGCGGCGGCGGCGGAUGGCUGAUGUCCAGCGGAAGGAGGCGUCCGGCGGGGUGGAGUUCGGCGGUGAGGUGUUCCGACUCGUCGUGCACUCGGCUGCCGAUCACGACGCGCGCCUCGCCAUGGCGGUCGUCAUCGUGCUGGAUCAAAUGUUCGGAUCGAGAUCAUCAUAACUUUUUAAUUUUUGUUUAGUAAAAGAUUUUAAUUUGAAUGGAGAGAAAAUGGGCAAAUGGCAAGCAACAUGGCAGCUGGCUGUACAGAACUUCAUUUAUAUUUUAUUUACCAAUAAAACAACAAAAU